GGUCUCGGAGCCGGUAGCUGUAUCUGCUCUGUUACCACCUGAGGCUUAGCGGCCGCCUGUCCCGUCAGCCGCUGGGCCACCAGGUUCAUGUGGAGGCUCCCAGGAGCCCGCGCCGCGCUUCGUGGGGUCCGCGGGGCCGUGGAGCGGCACAGUCGGGCCCAGACGGCAACUGAGACGGCCACGGGCUCGAUGGAGCGCGCUGUAGUGCGCUGUGUGCCCUCCGAGCCUAAGCUAAGCCUGUCGUUCGCGCUGGCCGACGGCAGCCACAAGAACAUGCAGCGCGACCAAAGCGAGCCUCUGGGUCGAGCCCUCAGCCGGAUCGCCACCAACGCUCUCAAAGGCCACGCUAAGGCGGCGGCGGCCAAGAAGAGCAGGAAGAACCGGCCAAACGCAAGCGGCGGAGGGGCCUGUGCGGGGCCUGGGCCCGAGCCGGCUGCGGCCUGCGAACCGGUGGUGAAGCUGUACUACCGGGAGGAGGCAGUGGCUGAAGACGUGCUCAAUGUGGACGCCUGGCAGGACGGCGCGGUGCUGCAGAUCGGGGAUGUCAAGUACAAGGUGGAGCGCAACCCUCCCGCCUUCACCGAGCUGCAGUUGCCACGCUACAUCAUGGCAGGCUUCCCGGUUUGCCCCAAGCUCAGCCUCGAAUUUGGGGAUCCCGCCGGCUCCCUCUUCCGCUGGUACAGAGAAGCCAAACCUCGGUCUGUGGAGCCUGAGGGAGGGGGCCCCUCGUCAUUGUCUCCCUCCUCACCCUAUCCUAGUUGGACUGAAACGGGCGUGGACGAGCGCGUCUACACCCCGUCCAAUGCCGACAUUGGACUACGGCUCAAGCUUCAUUGCACCCCAGGCAAUGGGCAGCGCUUCGGGCCAAGCCGGGAGUUGGAAAGCGUGUGUCCAGUGGAGGCCGGGCCCGGCACUUGCACCUUUGAUCACCGGCAUCUGUACACUAAAAAGGUAACAGACGACGCUCUCAUCCGCACUGUCUCCUACAACAUCCUCGCGGACACUUACGCCCAGACUGAGUUUUCGCGGACCGUCCUGUACCCUUACUGUGCCCCUUACGCCCUGGAGCUCGACUACCGCCAGAACCUAAUCCAGAAGGAACUCACUGGCUACAAUGCCGACCUCAUCUGUUUGCAGGAGGUUGACCGCAGUGUGUUUACAGACAGCUUGGUGCCGGCUCUCGACGCCUUUGGGCUGGAGGGAGUAUUUCGAAUCAAGCAGCAGGAAGGCCUGGCUACUUUCUACCGCAAGUCCAAGUUUAACCUCCUUAGCCAGCAUGACAUUUCUUUCCAUGAAGCCCUGGAAUCCGACCCACUUCACAAAGAACUGCUGGAGAAAUUAGUUUUGAACCCAUCGGCACAGGAGAGAGUGUUCCAGAGAUCGUCUGUCCUUCAGGUUUCUGUUCUUCAGUCUACAAAGGACUCUUCUAAAAAGAUAUGUGUUGCUAAUACCCAUCUCUACUGGCAUCCCAAAGGUGGGUACAUUCGUCUCAUUCAAAUGGCAGUUGCCUUGGCUCACAUUAGACAUGUCUCAUGUGAUCUGUAUCCUGGCAUACCAGUUAUAUUUUGUGGGGACUUUAAUAGUACCCCAUCAACAGGAAUGUAUCAUUUUGUCAUCAGUGGAAACAUUCCAGAGGAUCAUGAAGACUGGGCUUCCUAUGGGGAAGAGGAACGAUGCAACAUGUCUCUUACCCAUUUCUUGAAACUGAAAAGUGCUUGUGGUGAACCUGCUUACACAAAUUAUGUUGGUGGCUUUCAUGGAUGUCUGGAUUACAUUUUCAUUGAUUUAAAUGCUUUAGAGGUUGAACAGGUGAUUCCACUACCUAGUCAUGAAGAAGUUACCACCCACCAGGCCUUACCUAGUGUUUCUCAUCCCUCUGAUCACAUAGCACUUGUAUGUGAUUUAAAAUGGAAAUAGAUUUGUGUUUAAUGGAAUUUAAGUCUACUUUAGUAAGGGAAAUUUAAUAUAAAUCAAAGUUUAUGUGUAACCUUCAAAGAGGAAAACUAGACAUUAAGUUCUUAGUUCUUACCCUCCCAGUUACAUUCUAGUGUCUCCAUUACAUGACUAUUCAUGAUCUUUGCAUAAUAUAGUUUCUGUACCCUUUUAUUCCCCUACACUUAGAGGAAAAACAAAUAUAUUUAUGACUGGCAGGGAACAUUGAAUUAUUGUGUACAUUUUAUAAGUACUUUUUUUUAGCCUCAUAAUUAAGAAUUUUGUAAAAACAUUUGAAUGAUGCUAUAAUUUUUCUAUCAUAACACAUUUCCAAUUGAAUCAUGUUUAUAUAAUUAGGGGGAAAAUGCAUAUAAGUUAAGGUGAGAGGCCUAAGUUCUAAUACAUGGGAGGAAUAACAUUAGGGCCUACCUCUACCUCAAUUUGGUUAGCAAUUUAAUACAACUUCAGAGCUUUAACAAAAGAUUAAAAUAUACAGCACCAAUUGUUAUUUCUUCUCAUCUUUCAUUUUUCAAUUAACAGUUUCAUUGUCUUCUUUUUAGGAUUUUAGUUAAGAGUAUGGUACAAAUAAACCUAUUCAUAUUCUCUUUCUUACCGCAGCUCAUUUUAACUUUUAGGAUGCAAGCACAAUUGAAUAUUCAAAGUGAAUGACAACAAAGUCAACUUGAUCCCUUUUUCUUUAAUUACUCUUGCCCAUGAAAAAUGUUCAUAAAUUAACAGGGAAUUUGACCAUGUGAUCUUAGAGAAUACAGCACAAUACAUUAUGAGAAACUGCCUACUGAUAUGGGCUUUAAAUUUUGGAUGAACUAUUAAGCAUUUCUAUGCUAGCAGUAUUUUUGAAAUUGUUGGUUUUAUAAAUAGAAAGGGCAGUAGUGGGGCUUUUGAGCAUCUCGUAAAUAAACUAUUCCUUUUAUAGGCCUGAGCAUUACAGUUUGAGUUACAAUAUUGUAUUGAGGUAAACAUUGUAUAUAUAAUUUAUAUACUGUAAAAAAAAAUUUUAAUAUGAAGCCAAACUUUCUAAAAUUAGAAAUUACAGUUUUACUGAUUAGUGUCUAGCCUAGAGUGGUAACCAAGCUUUUCUAACUCAUUUAUCACCAUACCAAAUCUGUAAUGUUUUAGCUGUUGCUCUUUUGAUGUUCAGGAAAACCUUAAUGUUAUCUAUCUCAUUUCUGCAUUUAAUUUCCAGCUUAGAUAUUAAAAGCCCACCCACUUCAAGAAGAGCUCUGAUUUUCCACAGUUGUAAGAGCCUUUGUUCCAAAUUCUUUCAUUUCUAAACAUAACACCAUAAGAACUUUACUCUUUUAAUAAGUAGCCUGUACUUUCAUAUUCUGCUCACUAUCCAAUGUAUUGUUAAUUCUUAGUUUAGUAAGUUUGAGAAUGAGAGGGAUUUACAUCCACUUCAGAUUGAACCUUGAAGUACUUAAAAGUACUUGGGGGGAAAACUAAGGUGGCAGUUUCUUGGGAAUUUUUUUUAGAAAGAGCUAUAAGUGAAAAAUUGACGUUACCAAAUUGUGCUUUCCUAAAUAACAUUUUUGAGAGCAUUUUAACAUCAGUUCACAGAUACAUAAAUGUUAAAGCCAGAAUCUGAUUCUUUUACAAAAAAAUUUUUCUUUUUAAUUUGUUUUUGGUCUGCUUUCAAACAAACAUGUUGAUAGGGCUCUUACAAUAACUUGAGAGAAAACAAAAAGCUUCUAAGCAAAAAGUUGAGAAACACUCUGAAAGAAAAAAUUGUAACAUGAUAGACUCAUGCCCACAAGAAAAACAUGUAGGUCAUAUAUUAACAACAUGGCUAGCCUAGCAAAUUCAACUCUGGUCAGAAAAACUAAACACUUAUCAAACAUUCCACAUCUGGAAUCUUUAAAUUUGUUAUUUGCUGACUAAACUGUGAUCAGAUUGUAUAGAAGCAUUUCAGAAUAUUUGAAUAUAGAAUAUUAUGAAGUGCCACAUACUCUGGUUAAAUCUUCAGUAUACAGAUAUGUUAGUAUGAUUCGAGUCGAAAGGUAGGGAACACUAAGAAAACUGAAUAAAUAGCAUACCAAAAUUUCCUUGUGUUCAUUAGAAUAAAACAUUCAGAAGUUUUGUGUUUAAAGCCA